UUCAAUUACAUCAAAUUCUCAACAACAAUUUCGUUUUCUUUGUUUGAACAAAAUUAAACAGGGUUGGCUAUUCCACAUGUUGUAAUAACAAAUGAAAAAUUAUCUUAAAAAACAAAAACAACGAAACGUAGAUCACACACAUUUACACAACGUAUUUGCCAGCUCUGUGGUUUUAUUUGGCCAACCGCAAAAUUCUUUGACAUCAGCAGAAAAACAACAACAAAAAACAACAACCACAGAACAGAAGACCAAAAAUAAUAACAACAACAAAAGGAGAAAACUAACUCUUGAGCAAAGUGAGGCAAAGCCAACGGAAAUUGUUAACCUUUUGGGGAUAUCAAACAUUUACGAUUGCGUGGCACAGCGGCAGCGGCAGCAGCAGCAGGAACAACAUUUAAGUUUUUAUCAGCAGCAAAAUAAAGUUUUGGUUUACGGAUUGCCUAACAGUAUAACCAAAUACAACCACCCACCCUCCCACCUAUUCCCAGCUCCCACUCCGGACUGCCUUUUGCCCUGUGCCACAAGUGCUCACUGCGGCAGCCCAAAGGACGGCCAAAAAGAUUUGAAGCAACAUUUGUUUUCCUUUUCUUUUAUACGCUUGUUCUAAAAACUUUUAUCCUUUUCAAUUUUAUUUUCUGUGGAGUACUUUUUGAAGGAUUUAAAUUUCGUUUGCCUCUGGUGCUUUUCUGCGGUGCGUUUCUGUGUGUGUUGUGUGUGUGUGUGCCCCAUUCCGCCCGCCACCUAUCAUCCUCCCCCACUCCUGGUGCUGGCAAUCGUGGGAGCGGUAGCAUCAACUAUUUCGCGGUCAGCCACAAUGAGCAAGAAGAAGAGCAGCGACCACAAGUCAAGUGGACACGCAAAGCCACCUGCCAUCCCAGGCACAUCUCAUGCAUUCAAUAAUGACAACGAUGCCAGCUUAUCGGGCAUGGAGGACAUAGCACAUGGCCUGAGUGCAGGUGUCCCCUUUAUUCUGGUCGAUGGAGUGGCUGUGGCCACUCGAACCCGACUGGACAAGUCUCUGGCCCGGCAAGAGGGCGAGCGUAUGACUAAAGCGAUGAGGGAAUGCGAACAUUUGAUUCAACUGGAGUCCAUCGUCCCACCUCCCGAACUUGAUGCGACUUUCACAGGAACGCCAGCCACUGCAGCUGCGGCCAUGGCCUCACUAAAGGCAAUCGAGGAUGAGCUUAAAUUCCAGAAUGAUAUGCAAGAUCUCUGCUUACCCAUGCUUCUGCUUGAAUACAAGAAUGAACUUGUAUCAGACUCGGAAGCGCCCACUGUCCAUUCCUCAAACAACGAGAUUUCAGAGACUUCAGUUUCAAAAACUGCUGAUGCCCAAAACCUUACGCUGGGUCAGACCACCUCAAAUUUGGACCACAUACGCAGCAAGCUAGAGGAGUUGCGUCAUCAGCAGGAGAAAAUGCUACAAGUUUCCUCUGGUUUUUCCGAACGACCUAGCAUCAGAAGGCAGGCCACCUUUGACAUCAAGCGAGUGUCAAAUGACGUUCAUCGGGAGGGAUUAGAUGGUCCGCUCAGCCUUCAAAUCCCUAUGCAACAAAGCAACAAGUCUCCGAAGUCGGGAGAUUCCGCUUCGACAUCAAAAUUUUCCAAGAUACCCCUUUAUCAUACUGAUAGCAAGCUAACUUCACAUGUGCCCCCAGAACAGACUAAUACUUGCCCAAAAGAUCUUGAAAGUUGUCAUAUUAUAAAUCAAAUUGGAGAUUUAAUUAUGCAAUAUCAACAGAAGCAACGUCAUCUGCAAAACUUUGGAAAGAAACCCACCUAUUCCUACUUGGUCACUAUCAAUCCAGAAGCUGCAGUUAACAAAUGCAUCCUGCGGCCAAUUGAUAAUCCCAAUUCACUUAUCGAGAAAGAACAGAAUUUGCUAUUAACAGAGUCUCGAUCGAAUGUCACUAUUGCAAUGCCAGCUUUAGGAAAUCCCACUAUAAACAUAUUCUCUCCAAGAUCAACCAAUAGAUUUGAUACUACUAAUCCAUCCCUUCGUUCCCUUAAGACUGAGGCAAUUGAAAAUGAAAGAAACACUAAGAAAUUGCCACGCCUCUCGGCGCAGAGUAAACGGAAUUGUUCUGGAAUCAUGUUGGGCUUGCUGGAUAUACCACGAACGUCUCCCACUUUAAAGGGCAUACAACGAAGAUCACGAGCUUCAAACAACCCUCAAUAUUAGUCAUUUUGGAUGCAUUUAAAAACACAUUUCUAGAGUUUUCAUCAAGAAGAUUAUCUAAUGCAAAGUGUCCUUAAUCUCUCCUCUUAUUCGCAUCGAGGGCAACUUAUGCUGAAAUGUUAGUUAAAGUAUUAAAAAAUUAAAGUUCAAAUAUA